CUCGCCACCAUCAGCGUCUUCUUCGUCGAGGUCAGCGGCGGCGACACGGUGUUGGGUCAUGGCGAGCUACGGCGACGACGGCGUGGAGCUCACCGAGCUGACGCUGGGGCCUCCCGGAGCCAGCGCUCGCAGGGCCAGGCGCGGCAGGAAGAACGGCCAUCCGCCGCCGUCGUCCUCGAUGAUUCAGGCAGCGUACUUCGUGAAGGUGAGCAUGGACGGGACGCCGUACCUGAGGAAGGUGGACGUCGCGGCGUACGGCGACUACCUCGAGCUCGUCGAGGCGCUCAACGACAUGUUCUACUGCUCCACCAUUGGACUGAUGGACGGGUACGGCGAGUGGGAGCACGCCGUCGUGUACGAGGACGGCGACGGCGACUGGAUGCUCGUCGGCGACGUGCCCUGGGAGAUGUUCGUGUCUUCGUGUAAGAGGAUGAGAGUGAUGCGAGCUUGUGAGGCGAGAGGCUUGAGCUCAAACGCGUGACAGAAACAAUUGCAGGUUGACCAGUGCGUUGUAGAUAACUGAACCUGGACAUCGAUCGCUCAUGCAAGUGGUGAAAGCGCUGACGAAAAGGAUGACGCAAUUUUCUGACCGACCAAAGCUAUGCUGCGCACACAUGAUUGAUGCAACAACAUCUACAGAAAGACCAGCAUAUCAGCAUCUCACUAGCUAGCCUGGAAUAAAUGUUAGUUAAGUAGUUGACACUGCAGAUGCGGUCAAUCUCUCCAGCUUGCUGCUUGCUUCUCACAUGAGCCUGAAUGCCUCUGAUACGGUUGACUUCCCUGAUGAGAUCCCAACAUUUUAGCUCCCUUUUGCCUCUAGCUAGUUGUAAGUUGUUUCGGCUGUAUAUGUAUGUAUGUCGCAUCACAUGUACAUGGAUCAAGAGUUGUUCGUUGUACCUCCCAAAUUUUGAUACAGCUAGCACGAAGAUCUUUUGAGUCUGAGAUGAGGUUCAA